AUGUCUUCCUAUCUUAUCACUGGUGCCAGUCGUGGUCUCGGAUUUCAAUUCGUUCGGCAUCUUGCUCAGAAUCCAGAGAACACCGUCAUCGGUCUGGUCCGAAACAAGGCUGCUGCUGAAGCAAAGGCCAAAGAAGAGGGACUCCAUAAUGUUCACAUGGUGGAGGCUCAGUACACUGAUCUACCAUCCCUCAAGGCAGCCGCAGAAGUUGUCAAAGGGAUCACUGGUGGGAGCUUGGACUAUCUAAUUAACAAUGCCGCCGUUAUGUCUAAAAUCAGUGAAUUCAAAUCGCUGGGUGACUUCGAGGAUGACUUCGAGACUCUGGAAAAGGACCUCCAAGAAUCACUAGACGUCAAUAUGAUGGCUGUCAUCAAGUCAAUUCACGCCUUUAUGCCUCUAAUCCUCAAGGGAAAUGCCAAAAAGGUCCUCACUAUCUCCACUGGAAUGGCCGAUAUCGACCUGAUCAAUGCAACUGAAGUCGAAUUUGGCGCCCCAUACGCUAUCAGCAAGGCUGCUGUCAAUGUCGCCAUUGCGAAAUACAAUGCCCUGUACAAAAAGGACGGUGUUCUUUUCCUCGCCGUCAGCCCUGGAUAUGUAGCAACCGAGCGAAACAAUGCGGGCGCGCCUGAAGGCGAGGAGGGAAAGAUAGCUAUUCUUGUGCAAAAGUUUGUGGAGUAUGCACCGCACUUUACGCGACAGUUGACUCCUGAAGAAGCAGUCAUUGCUGUUCUGUCCGUUAUGGACAACGCCUCAAUUGCAAAUGGCGAUGGUGGUGCGUUUAUAUCGCAUCACGGGAACAAGCAGUGGCUGUAA